AUGGGACCGCCUCCCCGCAACGUGCUCGCCACGGUCGCUCUCAUCAGAGGACCCGCGCUCGGCCGCUGCAUCUGCCGCAUCUGCGCCAACGCCGAAGGGGCUGCUAACACCGAUGCCGAGGGUGCUCCCACGCCGCCCUGUCGUGGAAUUAUGGAUACCGCCUGCUUCUUGAAUGGCUGCCGCGCAUUCAACAAGGAACCGGCUGCCCUGGCCGCGCCGCCUGGGACGGCCUUCGGCGUGCCACCGGCCGCGGCAGCCUUGGCAGCGCCACCCACAGCGGCCUUGACGGGAACUCCGGGCUUCACUAGACUGGGCCCUGCGGCUCUCCUCGCCUGA